AUGGCUACAAAAGGUGCAUUAGUUAAAUUAGUAGUUGAAGCAGGUAAAGCCGCACCAGCACCACCAGUUGGUCCAGCAUUAGGUUCAAAAGGUGUUAAAGCUAUUGAUUUCUGUAAAGAAUUUAAUGCUCGUUCAUCAAUUUAUAAUGGACCAAUACCAAUUCCUGUUGUUAUUCAAGUUAAACCUGAUCGUACAUUUACUUUUGAAAUGAAAUCUCCUCCUACUUCUUGGUUAUUAUUAAAAGCUGCUGGUAUUGAAAAAGGUGGUGGUGUUGGUUUAAAAGAACCUGUUGGUCAAGUUUCUUUAAAACAUGUUUGGGAAAUUGCUAAUAUUAAAAAAACUGAUGAUAGACAUAAAAAUGUCGAUAUGAAAGCUAUUGUUGGUUCCAUCAUUAGUACGGCCAAACAAGUCGGUAUUACUGUUGUUCCAUAG